AUCACCUCUUAUAAAGGUGAGAAGGAUGCCACUGUGAUUGACGGAUUCUUGGCCAAGGUGGACACAGCCUUUGUGAAGUCCAGUGAGGACUCCCUUGGUAAGGCCCAAUACUUAGCCACCCGUUUGGAUGGUGAGGCUGGUAAGUGGUUAGCCCUCUACCUCGGCAGAAUCGGUGGUGCCGAGUUCUUAGAAUACGAUGCGCUCAAAAAAGAGCUCCGGAAGCAAUUUUACCCGCCAGACCAUGACCAGAAGUGUCGCCAGGACUAUAGUGACCUCAGGCAGACUGGUUCGGUUCGGGCUUACAUUGAGAGAUUUUCCUAUCUUCUCAACCAACUUCCAUCAGCCUACCAAGCUGUGGCGCUUGAUCAUUUUGUGUGUGGCCUCAAACCUCAAAUGAAGCAACAUGCCUACAUGGCAGGUGGAAGGAACUUCGAAGAGCUUACGCAACACUUGAUCGUUCUUGAUGAGCUCAAUUGGACUAUGCCCCCGGAACCAAGGGGCACGAAGCAUCCCGCAAGAAGCUAUCCUAGUGGUGCCAACGCGUUUAGGAAGAGAACCGACCGUAAAUGGAACGCUUGGCCACAGACGAACCACUCGGUGAACAGCGUGCAACACCGUUAUGAGGGAUCCUCUAACGCCACGGCCAAACACACCUGUUUUGCGUGUGGGCAGUACGGACACUAUGCCCGUGACUGCUCCAACGUGGAACCUGAUUUUUCUAUAACUACUGUCCAGAAAACACAAAAAUCCAAAAAAAAGUACUCAAUUACAAAAGGAGACGAGACGCCGAGAAGGGAAGCGUCGGAGUUCAAUGUCGCAAAGCACACUAAGCGUGCUUUGGAAGUUGAAGUCACGUUCAAAGAAGACCCAAGGCCUGUAAAGGCGCUUGUGGAUACUGGCGCCGAUGUGAACCUCAUCCAUGAGAACUUGGUUCAGCCGAAUGAACUAAGAAAACAUACCCCGUUUGGUCUCCGCGGCCCAUUCGGAAACGGUACAGUGACUGUGGACAAGCAUGUUACAAGACACUUGUCCGGGGUUCCAGAACCAGUGGUUAUGUUCGUCAGCAAUAACGUUCUGCACCCAGCGAUUCUUGGAAUGCCCUUUGUGGAGGAGCACAUGGAUCUCGUCGAUAUCAAAGCCAGACGGCUUAGAGAUUCAGUGGAUGUGCCCCCAGUUAAGCUAGUAGAGCUUAACCAGAUCCAGCUCGAAUUACGGGACGCCGACGAGUAUGGAUGGGUCUCUGUGGUACAAAAGACCCCCGGCACGUGUGGAGUGCCGGACCAGGACGAUAUAGAGUGGUUGGAACAGUUGAGAACUGAGUUUCCAGACACAUUGUCUCUGGAGCCGCCCCAGAAGGAGGCGAGACUUGAAGGGCUUCUGCAUCGGAUUGAAUUGAACAAGAAGCGUUGA